AUGAGCGACGAGCCUGCCAUGAUGGUGUCUCCGUGUGCUAAGGGCCGCAACACGUCAGGUGGAAGCGGCGUGUCGUUGAGCUUCGUGCCAUUCGUACUCUUGCAGUCUCGGAUACACACGACAUUCGUGGCGGGAUCCACGACGAUAUGCGCAUGUCUCGACGACACGUCCAAGUCUGUCGUGAGAAGGAGUCCGCCGGCCUGUCCUUUGCCAUGGACAAACUUCUUGCUCCGACCGAUGGCGAGCUGCUGCGUAGGGCCUAGUUCCACCGCUGACGUUGCCUUGCCUGCCUCUGGCCCCAUGAGCACCUCCAUCGACACUACACAGCGGCACCCCAUCAAUUCCCGCGCGAUGAAGCUUGCGAUCAAUCCCAACCUGGGAUUUUGCCUGCUUAUUUGA